AUGCAGCUCCCGCUGGCACUUGAUCGCAGGAGUCGCAUGCCACUGCGACGGCUGGCCGACGUUGUCGCAGUUCGCACCGACAGAGAUAGCGAAGGCGAAGACGCGUGCGACGACGCUGCGAUGCUGGCGAGCAGCGAUAUGGUGUGGCACGGCCGGGCGAUGGAGCCGUGCCCAGUGGUGGGGCUGGGCGCGUGGGAUGAGGGCGCGGGGAAUGAUGGCGUGGGGGAUGGCGGGGGGGAUGGCGCGCGGGACGCGCUGAGGGACCAGUGGGCCUGCGCGCUGGUUCCGCGCUUAGAAGCCCGCGCGCUACAGCUCCACCGCGCGCUCACGUCCUUCCACGUAACCAUCGCGACUUGGCGCGCUGUGCCGUUCACGCCCAGCGACCUCUCGCGCCUGCUGCUGUCCCUCGCCGCGCACUGCCCGUGUCUGGAGCGGUGCGUGCUUCAGGUCAAGGUGGAGCGGGAGACGGGGUGGUGGAAAGGCCGCGGUGGUCAUGCUACUUGCGAGGCGGAGGCGGAAACGGGGGAAAAGGCGGAGGCGGAGGCGGAGGCGGAGGCGGAAGGGGGGAGUGUUAAUAGCAGAGGUGCCGGGCGGAUGGGGGCUAGGGUGUGUGCUGCCCUCCGCGCGUUUCUGACACAGUGCUCCUCCCUGCGCUCCCUCCACCUGCACCACACCUCCCUCACUCCCCUCCUCUGCCUCCCCGCCUCCCUACCCACCCUCGCCCCGCGCUUGGAGCACCUCUCCCUGCCACUCCCUUCCAUCCCGCCAUGCCUCUUCCACCUCUCAAGCCUCCGCUCCCUCUCCCUCACUCUCUCGCCCCCCAUCCAGCCACAACUCACCUCCGGAUCCCCUUUCUCCGGCAUGACUCGUCUCUCCUCCCUCUCCCUCCAUCUCGACCUAGACGUGCACGUCCACCGCGGCCCUCCCCCGCAUCUGCUCAUCCGUAUGCUGCUCUCGCAUUGCCACCCUGCCUGCGUCCCCCCCUCCACGCUUCCCAUCUCGCCGGACCUGUUCUCCGGGCUCGGCCCGAGCCUGCGCCGCCUGUCCCUGCGAAGCACAAAGAUUCGGGGCUUCUGUGAGCACUGGCCGCCGGUGAGAGUGCCCAGAGAACAUUGCCUCCCGUCCCUCUGGUCGCUCCAUUCACUCACACAGCUAGACACCAACCUGUGGAUCAUGGAUGGUGACUGGGGUGAGGAAGAGGUGCAAGAGGGUCAGGGCCUGGACGAGAGAAGCAGAGAUGGGGAUUUGGAUGAGGAUGAGAAAGAGAUUAAGUCGUGGAGACAGGAACGGUAUGAGCCGGGGGCGGGAGAUCCUUGGGACAGAAACAGAGGGCCGGGCCCUUUCUCUCUCUACUCCCCUCACAGCACCCUCGGUCCGUGCCUUUCCGCAUUGCACUCCCUCUCAUCCCUCACUCUCUCUGUCCACUCUGUGGUGCCCGCAGCUCUCUCCCAUCUCUCCUCGCUCACUCGCCUCGAAAUGCCCGCUGCUGCAUUCGACCCACAUGGGUCCAUUCUCUCCCCGCCCACACUGCGUCAUCUUGACGUUGCCAUUCCAAACCUCUCCCUGCUGUUACCCUCUCACGCCUCAUCACCUCGUGCCAAUGCCACCGGCUCUGUUGGUGCGUCGUCCUCUCGCCUGUCAACUGCCAUAGGGGCAGUUGUUGGACCGACAGGCACAGGCACUCAUACCAGAAACAUCACCUCCUCCUGCUCGACCACCACCGGAUUGCAUACCCUAGUGCUUCGCUCCACCGGUCGUCUCCUCAUCCCCCCCACCACCUCCCCAUAUCCGUCUCUCCUCCACCUGGAGCUCCGCUCACUGCCCUCUUUGCUUUGGCUCAGCCCUCGCGGCCGGCCCAUGACGCCUUCCCGCUGCCUCUUCCCCAACCUGCGCUCGCUGCUGUGUGGGGUGGACGGCGACGAGGGCGGAACGGAUGACAGCAGAACGGAAGUAGAUGUAGCAGCACUGCCCUCGCUCACGCACGUGUCGGGUGGCGCAUGUCUCCUGCGCACAGAAACCACCCCGUCGCUCUACCCUCACCUGCAAUUCCUGCUUCUGGAUUUCACAGAGCCUCCGCAUUCCAGCCCGCACCUCCCUUCCUUCUCUCAACUGCGCGUUCUCUGCCUGGAAAUGGCCGGGUUUCCCUGGCAGAUGGCCCUGCUCCCCGCCCUCAGCUCUCUGCCGCACUUGCGCUCGCUCCGCCUGUGCAACAUACAUACGGAAGCACGGUGCUGCGUCUUUGACGCGCCCCUUCCCCUCACAACGCUGCAGCUGUGCAAUGCACACCUAGAGUCGGUUCACCCAUCCAUUGCCCUGCUCGCACGUCUCACCCGCUUGGAUCUCCUCAGCUGGAUUAAUCUGAAGAGCCUACCAGAUCAGCUGAAUGCCCUGACUGCUCUGAGGAGCCUCGCAGUGUGUGGGUGCCGCAGGGGACAGCCUGAUGUGCCAGAGUGCGUUGCACACAUGCUACGUGGAAGACGUGGUACUUCCCCCCUCCAGGGUGCAAUAUUGUGA